CUCUCCGUCGGCGUCCAAGCUCCUGGUCCCUCUCCUGGUCCCUCGAUUCGGCCUCGAUUUGGCCUCCCCAACGGCGAGCCAAGCUCCCCAACGGGCUCGGCCGCGGCGGUGGUGGCCGCGAGGGCCAGGAGGGCGCGCGCGGGCGGCCGGAUCCGGGGCCCGGAACGGCGCAUCGGUGCGCGGUUGCACCUCCUUCCUCCGGCGAGGCCCCCUCGAGCGUGGGCGGAGGCCCCUCUCCCUCGAGGCUUGCACUCGAGCCCCGGCCAUGGCGAGCUGCAGGGGACGGCGCCGGCGUCCUCGCGCCAGUCACGGCGGUGGUGCAGCGGUGGCGUGGUGCAGUAGCCAUGGCGUCCACGCGCGCCGGUUGCUCGGCCUCCUCGACGGCGGGCGGGGCCCCUCUCCCUCGAGCUCCGACACGCCAGCCCCUCUACCUCUCCUCGCCGCUCGCCACUGCCGGGCACCCUCGGCGUCUACUUCCUCGCCUCGCCCCGCACCUGCAAGAAGGCAUGCCGCGCGACCCCGCUACCGGUCUCCUCCACCUCGAUUGCGAGUCUGUUUGGUUCCUCGGUGGUAUUUUGGGCGAUUGGAGCCUGUAAUUGUUCGCAUGAGGCGGGUUCGAUUCGAGUAUAGGGCCUGGGGUAGGGUUUCUAGCCUGAGUACCUGGGAAUUUUGCGGUGAAAGCAUCGAUUUUUUUUUUUGGUUCUGGACGCAUGUCUUGUUUUGGAGCAAGGGCGAUAAGUUGAACCGUAUAAGAUUGUUAUUUGAGCAGCAUCAGUUUGAGAAAUUAACACACGUAUGUGCAGCAUCAGGCGGCAUGAAAUGGACAUGCUAACUAUUUGUUCUUUUGUGUUUGUUUAAUCUUCUGAAAAUAGGCUCCUAUAAUUAAUUGAUGUAUAGCUAUAAACUAUUGCAAAGGACAAUUAGCUAUUUAGUUGUAUAUAUGUCUUUUCCAUUUUGCAUUAAGGUCAUGCCAUGCGAAUCAUCCACUUUUCUGCUUUACCUAACGCUUUUAUAGAUAGAUUUGUUGGACAAAGUUGAUCGCUGGCCACAAGAACCAGACAUGUCUUCUCCUCCUAAUGAGAAGUCUGUACUCACAUUUUUUCUUCCUGAUUUAUUAUGCUUUAUUUCCUGGUUCAGGUGCUCGGUAAUCUCAAUAUUUUGCUUGCUCUCAUGACAGCUGUUUGUUACCAUGUUAAUCUGAUGGAGCUAUGAGUGUGGAUUUUGUUCUGCACACCUGAAGCUACAGAAUUUAAAAGUUUGGCACCUUCAAGCUGUUUAUAUUCAGUCUAUAUUGGCCUGAAAAGUACAUAUUAUCAGUGAUUAUAUUAGGUUUUAAAGAUUUUCAGAGCUGGAUUUUGGUACAGCUUAUAAAUCGUUCCAUGACUCAAAGGCGCACACAAUCUCUGCAAGCAGGACUUAUCUGUUCCAUAAAAACUGUGAGCAAUACUUAUAGUUGGACAGACUCAAAGUUCUUUCAUUUCUUGUCACAUUGGUAUUCAAUAGUCAAGAUUGGCAGAAUAGGAGAACUGCUUGAUGAAUGCCUGCCAUGCCUGGCUAGAGCCUGUUUUGGUCGACGAAAAGGUGCUAGAGCUCCUUUUGGUUGUUGAUGCUAUCUUGGUGUCUGCUGUGCCUAGCUAACUGAUAGUUGUAAAUAACAUAUGUUAUAUUUUUUUGCUACGGACAUAGGUUCAUACCCUUGCAUUGCUAAAUUUUAAUGGUAUUAGCAUGUAAUGGAUGUCGUACCAACCACCUGAUGCUCGCUUCUGUCUCAAGGUAUCGUACCAACCACCUGAGUUAUGGCAUCUAUUUUGGUGGAUCACUACAAGUACAAUACAAAAUACAAUUGAUCCUUGCUGCUGACUUGCUGUAAUGGCGAUCGAUGCAGUUCCCGAUGCUAUACCAGGAGAGCCCCCUGUACCAGGAGAGCCCCCAGAACCUGCUGUUCCGGCGGCGGAUCAUCGGGUGGAUGGCGUAUGGCGUCGCCAGUGCCGUGGUCAUCUUCUUCCUCACCACGGCGUCGCUGUAGCACUAGGUGUUCCGGCGGUAAUAUCACAAAGAAAGUUGGGGGAUGGAGACCUUUAGGUUCUCAAUUUAUAGCUGCUAAAAAUAAAAGGUCUCUUGGAUCCAAAUCAGAAGAUGCAAAGAUGACAGAAAAUAAAUCUGAUGAUCCAGUUGAUGAAACUCCUACCAGUCAAUCAAAGACUAAGAGGCAGUUUACAAGACGUGGAAAUCUGGAGAAGAGAACAGGAAGCAAGAAACUGUUGAUUUUAACGGGAAAACAGAAAAACAUCAAGCCAAAGCUGCCUAACAAGAAGAGAAAGUUGCGAGCAUUAUGGUUCAACCUUGUUGCUGCUUUUGACCAGAAAGGUCAGCCUCCUCUACCACAGGUAGUGUCAAAAAUUUUGAGGAUCAAGGAUGUAGACUUGCCUGCGUCCUUCAUACAGAAGUACCUCAUGCAGAAACUUAAUCUUUCAAGUGAAGCUGAGCGGCCAUUUUGUUCCAGGUUCAUCUGGUACCAACAGAGGUGUCUGUUCUUGCAGGUGGAUAUAUUGUGCGGUGGCAAGCCAGUAAGCCCAGGAAUGACACUGCACGAUCUAGCAGGUUGCUGGCUCAACAAAGGACAAAAGGGCCGAGUGCGGUCAUCUGUAGGCACACCUGCUGAUGGAUUCAUUGCGAAGGUAUUCUAUGGCAGGUCAGGGUCGUCCAAACCUGAAACUGAAAAUAACCAAGGCUGAUCAAGAGCUUCCACUUCAUUUCUGAAGCAGCGACGCGUCAUUUCAUUCCUGAAAAUGAUUCUUACGUUGCCAAAGUGGGAAACAUUUGUAUGUAAUCCUCUCCUUUUUUGGCCAAGUGUAUAAAAUCUAAUUAGUGACAACCAUGUCUGUAAACAAGUUUAUAUAUUCUUGAUUUGUCUACUUGGUGAAACUCUUACACCAUGGAGUAUAUUAUGUA